AUGAGCUGCAGACAGUCCUCCUCGUCCUACUUGAGCCGCAGCGGUGGCGGGGGUGGCGGUGGGGGCAGCAUGAGGUCUUCCUUCAGCCGCUUCAGCUCCUCAGGGGGCGGUGGAGGAGGGGGCCGAUUCAGCUCUUCCAGUGGCUAUGGUGGGGGGAGCUCUCGUGUCUGUGGGAGGGGAGGCGGCAGCAGUUUUGGCUACAGCUAUGGCAGAGGGUCUGGGGGUGGUUUUAGUGCUGGCAGCAUAGGCGGCGGCUUUGGGGGUGGCUCCAGAAGUUUUGGUAGUAUUUCUGGAGGAGGCUAUGGUAGUUCUGGGGGCUUUGGAGGUGGCUUUGGUGGUGGUUCUGGAGGUGGCUUUGGGGGUGGCUAUGGGGGUGGGUUUGGGGGCUUUGGAGGUGGCGCUGGAGGCGGUGAUGGUGGUAUCCUGACUGCUAAUGAGAAGAGCACCAUGCAGGAACUCAACUCUCGGCUGGCCUCCUACUUGGAUAAGGUGCAAGCUCUAGAGGAGGCCAACAAUGACCUGGAGAAUAAGAUUCAGGAUUGGUACAACAAGAAGGGACCUGCCGCUACCCAGAAGAACUACUCCCCUUACUAUAAGACGAUUGAUGACCUCAAAAACCAGAUUGUGGACCUGACAGUGGGCAAUAACAAGACUCUCCUGGACAUCGACAACACUCGCAUGACACUGGAUGACUUCAGGAUAAAGUUUGAGAUGGAGCAAAACCUGCGGCAAGGAGUGGACGCUGACAUCAAUGGCCUGCGGCAGGUGCUGGACAAUCUGACCAUGGAGAAGUCUGACCUGGAGAUGCAGUUUGAGACUCUGCAGGAGGAGCUGAUAGCCCUCAAGAAGAAUCAUAAGGAGGAGAUGAGUCAGCUGACUGGGCAGAACACUGGAGAUGUCAAUGUGGAGAUAAACGUUGCUCCUGGCAAAGAUCUCACCAAGACCCUCAAUGACAUGCGUCAGGAGUAUGAGCAGCUCAUUGCUAAGAACAGAAAGGACAUCGAGAACCAAUAUGAGUCCCAGAUAACCCAGAUCGAGCAGGAGGUAUCCAGUAGUGGUCAGGAGAUACAGUCCAGUGCCAAGGAGUUGACCCAGCUCCGGCAUGGCGUCCAGGAGUUGGAGAUUGAGCUGCAGUCUCAGCUUAGUAAGAAAGCAGCCCUGGAGCAGAGCUUGGAAGACACGAAGAACCGCUACUGUGGCCAGCUGCAGAUGAUCCAGGAGCAGAUCAGUAACUUGGAGGCCCAGAUCACUGACGUCCGGCAAGAGAUCGAGUGCCAGAAUCAGGAAUACAGCCUUCUACUCAGCAUCAAGACGCGGCUGGAGCAGGAAAUCCAGACCUACCGUAACCUCCUUGAGGGAGGCCAGGAAGACUUUGAAUCCUCUGGAGCUGGAAAAAUUGGCUUUGGAGGCGGCCAAGGAGGUCAAGGAGGAAGUGGAUCUCGAGGUGGAAGUGGAGGCAGUCAUGGAAGAGGAUCCAGGGGAGGAAGUGGAGGCAGCUAUGGUGGAGGAAGUGGUUCUGGAGGAGGAAGUGGAGGUAGCUAUGGUGGAGGAAGUGGAGGUGGCCAUAGUGGAGGAAGUGGAGGUAGCUAUGGUGGAGGAAGUGGAGGUGGCCAUAGUGGAGGAAGUGGAGGCAGCUAUGGAGGAGGAAGUAGCUCUGGAGGAGGAAUUGGGGGUAGCUAUGGUGGAGGAAGUGGUUCUGGAGGAGGAAGUGGAGGCAGCUACGGAGGCGAAGAAGGAACCAAAGGAGGAAGCGGUGGCGGCUACGGAGGGGGAAAAUCUGGUGACCAAGAUGAGUCAAAAGGCUUCCAUGGGCGAUACUAG